CGGCGGCGUUGGGGUCUCCGCUCCCGCAGCGCCCCUCAAGACGGUUCCUCCCCGCCGGUGUUCAGCACCAUCACUCUUAUUCAGCAAAGGUUUGAGCAAGCUAUGGUUGCCUUCAGCCAGUUCACGGGAGGUGAAAGAGCUCUGGCUGGAUUCACUCCUUGGGCAAGCAAAAGGAUCAAAGGAAACCAGAUUGUCCAGAGCUCCCCCGAUCAAACUUCUAAUGAAAGUGUUAAGCAGCUGUAAUACUUCAAAGACACUAAAUGCUGAGAACAUGGAGAGUCUGAUUGAGUGCCAGUCAGAGGCUGAUGCCAAGAAAUGCCCCCCGCUGGUCCCAGCAGGUACUGAAGAUGGACUUUGCCACUCAGCUGCAGAUGGAAGAAAGAAAAGAAAGAAGGUGAUAUCACAGUCAUUUACUCUGAGACGAAGCUCUACCAACGGGAAUUCCCCAGGGCAGCUAGAUGGAGGUGCCAAAAUUGCUCUGUUUGGCCAGCCUCUGGCUAUCAUCUGUGGAGAAGACAACACACUGCCUCAACCAGUCCAGGAUCUCCUAGCUGUGUUAUAUAUGAAAGGACCUUCCACUGAAGGGAUAUUCAGAAAAGCUGCAAAUGAGAAAGCACGAAAGGAGUUGAAGGAGGAGCUAAACAAAGGCGAGAAUGUUGAUUUGAAAAGCAAAUCUGUGCACCUGCUGGCAGUGGUCUUGAAGGACUUCCUCCGAAAUAUCCCCUCCAAACUCCUCUCCACCGACCUCUAUGAGAAGUGGAUGCAAGCUCUGGAGAAGCCAAGCAAACAGGACAAAAUUGAAGAAUUGAAAGAGGUGGCUGACAAACUGCCUAGACCAAACCACGCCUUGCUCAAGCACUUGCUCUCUCUGCUCCAGCACAUCAGCCAAAACGCUGAGACCAACAGGAUGGACUCCAGCAACUUGGCCAUCUGUGUUGGCCCAAAUAUGCUGAGCCCAGAGACAGACAGCACGCUCCCUCUGGAAGUGCAGAAGGAGAUGAAUGACAAGGUGACAGUGUUGGUGGAGUUCCUCAUAAACAACUGCUCAGAAAUAUUUGGGGAGGACAUUGCCUUGCCUGUCUGUGCCAUGGCUGAGUCACUGGAGCACACAGACAGCUCCACAGAACACCUAUGUGCUGCUCAUCAGAAUGACUCUGCCUAUGACAGCCCAGAUCCUGAAGCUGAUGCCAGCCCGUGUAUGUCUCAGAUGGAGCAGACCAAAGGGAGGAGCACUAGUGUGAGCCAAAGACACCCGACACACAUCUCUGCCUCUUCACUGACUAAUUUCAGAAAUGACAUCAGCACAAUGGACAGGAGGUACUCAGAGCCAGACUUGUCCUUCCAGAACCACCUUGAAGGCAAGAUAAUGAAACAGAAGCUAAACAGAAGUGAAGACAGUUUUCCAGUUCAUCAGAAACAGCUAGGGUUGGAGGCACUGGAGGAACGGCUUGCAAUCCUACCUUCACAGUUAUCAACUGACUCUCUACCCAAAACAUCCUCCAGUUGCUCCCUGGAGAGCUCUGACGGCUCAGUCUUCACCAGCUCCCCAGUAAUUUCACCUUCUAGUCCCAAGAAAACCUUUUUAGUUAGACCCCAGUCCUUUUCCACCAAGGCCACUGAAGACUGCAGUACACCUAACAGAGAGAUCAAAAAGCAUUCCAUGUCGUUCUCUUUUGCAAAAAGCAGGAAAACACUAAUAAAAACCCAGAGUUGGGGGCCUGGAAAAAACAUAUUUUUUCAGAGAGACAGUUUCACAAAGAAAGAAGAUCAGUUCUCCUGCAGAGUUGUCCAGCAGAACAGUCCUGAAGAUGACAAACCAUUGCCUGUGGUGCAUCAGCAAAGGCCUCGUUUCAGGUCAGCUGAUGACGUGUUCAGAGAGGUAGACCAGAGGAAUCCUGGAAGACCACCCUCUUAUGAAGAGGCUACUAAAAACUGCCUGGCCACUACAGUUCCCUCCCACAAUCUCACAGUUCAAACUAUGAGAUUAAAGGUGUCAAACCAGGACACUUGGCUGCCUCAUCCAUGCAGCAGUUGUGCACAGGACACAGCACAUACAGCUCUAAGGGAUCUACCCAGUGGCAGAGUUUCUGCAGGAAAGGAUUCUGAUGUGGAAACUGAAAUCCUCAGUGUCGCUGUGGGAAUAAACUCCCGUGUGAGUUUGCCCGUGACCCCAGGAGUCUACCGAUUGAGAGCCAUGUCUGAAUCCUAUCAAAAGAACAAACUUGAGUAUGUGGCUAAGAGGUGCAGCCAGCCAGUUUUUGAGGUAGACCAGAUCCAGUAUGCCAAGGAAUCCUAUGUUUAGAAAGCCUAUCCCUCCUCUUCGCACUGUACAAAUUAAAUAGUGUAAAAAUAGACGUCUUGCUAAUCCUUUGUAAAAUUUAAUUUCGAGAGACCAAGAAUAAGCUAGUUCUGCAUGAACUUUUUUUCUCUUGAAGCUCUCCUGAAGUGUCUGUCAGUUUGAUAUGUCACACUUGUUCACCACAAGAGGUGGUGGUGAGCAAGACCUCUGUAUUAUUAUGUAAACAUGUACAUAAAUAUGCUGUACAUAACCUGUUGUGUGGGAAAACCAGCUCAUAGUUUAUAAAUGGUGUUGUAUUUCCAACCUGAAAGGACAAUUAAAAGGUUGGCAGGUUCAAAACCUGUCUCACCUUAAUUUCUUUUCUGUAUGGUCACAGACUCCAUGCCCUUUGUCAUGUGUGCCAGGCUGAUGGAAUGCUUUGCUGAUUUCCUGCAUUAAGAAGAGGGCUGACAGUUACUCUAACUGGGGAGUAGCUGUUCUGCCAUCGAGGCCACUUCAGCACUGUUCCAUAAACCCCCUCUAUCUGCUGCCAUUCCCUCUUCCUGCUUGCUGGUGAUGAGAAUGAUCUGACCCCUAACCAAUAUUAGGGUUGUGUACCAAGCUUGGGUUUAGAGCCACUGAAGCACUUACAGAUUUGUGUCAGGUAAACCUCAUGUGGCCUGAGGUGUUUUAUUCUAAAUAAACUGGAUGGGCUAAGCAGAAAUAAAGAGUAUUCUCAGGUUUGCUUUUAUGAGGGGAAAAAAAUCCAAGCAACAAAAACUUUUGAAAGGAAACAUUCUGGAUUCCAGAUUUAAACAGAUAAAGCUGCAGCUCACUCAAACAAAACAAAACAAGAAAAUAAAACAAACAAA